AUGAAUGAGUCAGCCCUACCUCAACGCCAGAGGGAAGAACCUAUGGGACAAAGCAUUCUCUUCCUUCGAGGCUCACAUGAUUCAAAGGAUGAUAUGCAAGCUUCGAAGCUUGCUUCGAAGCACCAUGUGGGAGGUCAGAAACUGAUUACAGACAGACGGCAACGAACUAACUCCAGUAACAAAGGCGAUACCGCCCAGCCGCUGGGUGAGGAGCACUUGUUCGAGCUUCUCAUUGAAAAGGUCAAGCAACGUGAGGAGAACGAAGCUGUAGCUGCGGCCAUACAACGGAAGCUGGAAACCCAGAACGGCAGAUUAAAGGCCCAGAAUCGAGAGCUGCGAUGUCAACUGGACACAUUCCAUGCAGAACUACAAAAGAGCUCUUUAGAAUCCAAGGAGUACCAGGCUCAAAUGGAGGGCUGGAAAUUCAAAAUUCAAAAAUUCAAAAAUGCGUUCAAUGAACUGGGGCAUGAGUAUGAGAUCCUCCGAGUUGAAGCCCGCAAGUUUCAAGAAAUAGCCGUGGCUCUUGGCAAAGAAAAAGGCGAUCUGACGGAAGCUAUCAAUCAAAUUAGGGUUCAAGUUCUGCGUGCCGAAGAGAUCGCUGCAAACCAGCAGGUGGCAAUCUUCCAAGACCAACAAAGCAUAGCUCUUCUGGAACAGGCCUUGGUGAUGUCUAAGGCAAAGGAAAAUGAUACCAAUACUCAACUCUCUGACCAAAAGAGACAAACAGUCCUCCUAGAAUCACAUAUCCAAAAUUCGACUCAAGCCCAGGUACAACAACUCAACUUAGUCAGGAAUGAACAAUUGAAACUGCUGGAAAGGCUAGGGGAAGGCUUGAAAAUCGUUUCACACGACUCUAUGAAUUUCAAAGAGAUUCUAGUUUCCCAGCUCCAAGCCGGAUUUGAUGAAUGUCGCUUAACAGUCCAAUCUUUAGCCGAUAAAUUAUCUGCGGAGCAGUUAGAUGUGAAGGGUUUCGCAACUGAGGUCCAUGAUGUUUCUGGCCAGUGA